UCGUCCGCAGUUACACCGAGUCCGCUCGCGCACUCGCAUUCAAUUUCGAAUCCGCGCGGUCGCGCGUGCACCUCACCACGCGUCGUCCAUCCUUCCUCUCUUUCUCUCUCUCUCUCUCUCUCUCUCUUUCUCCCCCUCCCUCCCCCCUCGUCGACCUGUCCGCCGGUGACGCGCCAGCGCCGGGGAUUUCUCGCGAGGGAUUUUCAAAUCAGCCGUGCGCGUCAUCGAGUGCAAGCGCACGUGUUCGUCUCCGUCCUUCGGCGAGGGUGUCAUCGGACGUGGGGAUAUGCCCGUUAUUGUCGGUCGCGUCGCGUACGAGUCGCUCGCAUCGAAGGAAGAAGGAAACUACGUGUGAUUGAUAUUUCGGUGGAUAAUCGGUGGAAAAAAUAACACGAUAAAAAGCAGCCGAUGUGCAAAUGUAAAAUCUAUCUGGCCGAGAAAGACGGAUCCCGCGGGAAAGAGCCAUAGCAUUCGGUGAAUCUGGGAAACGACAUCCGUGCGAGAUUGCAUCAAGUAUGCCGAUUUUCUAAGAAUGCAAAGAGUCAAGUCUCGCGAAAUUCAAUAAUCGUGAAUCAUAAUCGGAUCGACAUAGACCAUCGUACGAGGGGAUAAACCAUCUCUCUCUCUCUCUUCUGGCAGUGUGUUGGUGUGCAGUGAUCAUACGGAAAUUGAUGCAUACGGAAUCACGCGGAAGCGAGGAAACAGCUGCCGGAAAUCUCACGCCGGAAGAAGAAGAGGCCCGUAAAACGUCGAUCUAUCAUCGCGGGACCGGACGACGCCUGUGUGCGUCAUACGUGCGGAAAGCAGAGCAAUUUUACGUUAGACGACUUGUCCGUUCGUCAUCGCGAUGAUGCUGAGGACCUCGCCGGCGAUGGAAACAUGAGGACCGUGAUAGAUCGCUCAUCCGAUCGACGAAGCUUCGCUCCUACCGACUAUAAAUGACCGAUGUGACGCAAUCAGUCAGGAAUAUUUUUAUGCAAAAUGACUCGCGCCCUUGUCCUUCUCUGCAUGGCCAUCAUUCUACCUCUCUUACGAUGCCACAAGAUCCACGAGUAUAUGACAAGGGAAGAGAUGCUAUCGGUGUUUUACACGGGACACGAGUCCGUGCCGCCGUACGAAGUCGUGCCUGUGUUGCAUACGGUGCACAAGAGGAGCGUGGACGCGAAACCACAGAUUCAUCUGAAGGCCUUCGGCAAAGAUAUCAGCCUUUCGUUAAAGCCCACGAAAGGAUUGCUGACGGCCAACAACCUGCCAAUGUGGACCGUCACCAGAAACACGUCGCAACCCGAUGGCCUUCAUUACGAAAGGGUAAAGGAUGUUGAUGUAGAUAUCGGUGACAUCUAUCAAGACACGGAGAACAUGGCUUCCAUUCUACUACACCGAGACACGAAUGGGAAAGUGCGCGUUGACGGAACCAUCGGUUCAGAAUUAGUUAUCCGACCACUGCCAGAACGAGUUCUACAGGAAGUAGUGAACGAGGCACCAGCCCUUCACGAACCCGAAUUACUGCCCAAUGUAACUAGAAACGAAAAUUUAAAACGCACGAGUCAUCAUAUUGUUUUCAAAAAAAUCAGUCGACCUGUCGGCGACGAGUAUAACGAUUUUUCGUUUAUGGAGCCGGAUCAUUUAGCCAAGAAGUAUAGGAGCAAACGUUCGAUCAAUAAUAGAUCAAGGCGCGAAGCACCAUACGUCAUUUACCCGGAAAUCCUCUGCAUCGUAGAUUACGAUGGGUAUAGGUUACAUGGCGGUGAUAACGUACAGAUAAAGAGAUAUUUCGUAUCCUUUUGGAACGGAGUAGAUCUGAGGUAUAAGUUACUGAAAGGGCCAAAAAUACGUAUCAGUAUAGCGGGAAUAAUUAUUUCACGGGGACGAGACGCGACACCGUAUUUAGAAAGAAAUCGCGUGGGAAGAGACGCAAUCGACUCGGCAGCUGCUCUGACUGACAUGGGCAAAUACCUUUUCCGGGAGAGGAGACUUCCUGUCUACGACAUCGCUGUUGCCGUUACAAAAUUAGAUAUGUGCAGGAGGCAAUACGCGAAUGAUGUGUGCAAUAGAGGAACCGCAGGAUUCGCCUACGUUGGCGGAGCGUGCGUCGUGAAUAAACGUCUCGAGAAGGUGAAUUCGGUCGCUAUCAUCGAGGAUACCGGUGGAUUCAGCGGUAUCAUUGUCGCUGCGCACGAGGUGGGCCAUCUAUUGGGCGCCGUUCACGACGGUUCACCUCCGCCGAGUUAUCUAGGUGGGCCAGGCGCCGAGAAGUGUCGAUGGGAAGACGGAUACAUCAUGAGCGAUCUUAGGCACACCGAGAAAGGCUUCAAAUGGUCGCACUGCAGCGUGUCCUCCUUCCAUCACUUUUUAAAUGGUGAUACAGCAACCUGCUUAUACAAUGCGCCUCACGAAGACGAGGCAUUGCCCAGAGUACUUCCGGGAAAACUUUUAUCCUUAGAUGCGCAAUGUCGGAAAGAUCGUGGAACAAGCGCUUGUUUCAAAGACGACCGGGUUUGCGCUCAGCUGUUCUGUUUCGAUGCUGGAUCCGGAUACUGCGUGGCGUAUCGUCCAGCAGCAGAAGGGUCGCCUUGCGGAGAUGGUCAGUACUGCCUGAAUGGAAAGUGCGUGGCGGAGCACGAGAACAUAAUACCAGAUUAUACGCAGAACAUUCCGACCUACGUACGUCGAGACAGCAUAUUCAAUCCUACGCUGCAUAAUAGGCCGAUAUUCGCUCAGUACAACAACACAGACUAUAGGUAUCCGUGGGAAUCAACGACACUGAGCACAUCAUUAUCGAGCAUAAUCACGUUGAUGACACCGACGACAAUAACGACACUGUCAGUUAAUCCUUACAAACACGUCGUAGUACCAGUCAUAACUACGCUGUCGAAAUAUACACAGACAACUCCUAAUAAUUUAUACACUGAUCGUUAUAAGACUAAAUAUAAUAAUAAUAAUAAUAAUGAUAUCGGCGCUGAUGACAGCAUCAGCACCACCACUCGGAGAAGCGUUACCAAUUUCUUCAACUCGUACUACACUGUCAGUAGCACUCCAAAGGUCACUAAUGCUCUGAAAAUUAAUCCGUUCAAGUAUAAAAGCGUGAUGUCACUUUCUACGACGACCAAAGGAUAUCAGAACGGCCUUCAAAAUGACGGCCGCGGAACAGAGGCCGGUGAAUGCACGGACGUUGGGUCAGAUUGCGCGGAGAUGAUCGACAGGCUGAGAACAUGGCUGUGCCAUCUACAAUCUGUAAAGAAUCGCUGCUGCGCGUCUCUGAAAACUAUCUGUGCUGACUAAUAUGUAAUAUGUAAUGAUAUAAAAAAAAGAAAAAGAAUAAUCAGUUUGACAAUUUGCUCAGUGACGUCACGCUCGCCACAGGGAUACUGUCAAACAAAUUGUUUCGCUGUCGUGACAUAUCCGGAAAAAGCACUGACGCAAAAGACGAAACCCGGAAUAGAGAAUUUAUUCCUUUCCUCGUUAUUUUUCUCUCCUUUUCUCGGAAGAACCGUCUGCCUUUAUAUCGUUAUUCGAUUGCUACUCUCCAAGUAGCUCAUACUUCUAGAUAUAAUUUGUUAUGUUGUAAUACCACGAAAGCUUCGCAACAGGUAUAUUGAAUGUAGCAAAUAUAAAAAAGCAAAGCGGACUAUCAAUUGGUAAUGAUAUUUCGGCUACGUUUAUAUUUAUUCGAUGUAAGGAGCGAUCUCGCAAAAGACUUGUUACAGGCACAGGUGCGUCAUGCGUAUGUUGCAAGCGCAAGCGUGCGCGCGCGCGCGCACGCGGACACGGAUGGAGCUUAGAAAUAACGGAAAUUGUAUAGCGCAAGACAAUAAAUGGGAAUAAUUAAAAGCUCUCUUUCAUACCUUAUA